AUGGUGGCGGCUAUAGUAACCGUACUAAUAUGUGCAGUAUUAUUACAGAUAUUUCAGCAUAUAGGUUAUGCUCUCAUUGGCAAAACUACGUUUGAAGUCUACAAGAGGAUAUUCAAAGCUGACGCGUCCAACAAGAUACACACGCUGAAAAAGGAAGUACUGACUCUCAGACAUGAUUUGACAAACACAAGUGCUCAAGACGAAUUCGCAAAAUGGGCGAAGAUACGAAGAGCUCUCGACAAGAAGGUCGCUGACUUUGAAGAACUAUCCAAAUCAGAAUCAUCCUCACGAGCAUCAUUCGAAGCCAAAGUCUCAUGGGGAUUGUGGAUUUUCAUGUGGAUCUUCCAGAUGGCUCUCAUGACUAUUUAUAGUAAUGAACCCAUAUUCUACAUUCCUGAUGGAUGGUUGGGGCCAUUUACGUAUCUGCUGUCUUUGCCGAUGGCUCCUAAAGGAUCUGUAAGUGUCUUUUACUGGUUUUAUGCAGUAAAGAACGUCACUGGGAGAAUACUUCAACGUUUCCCGUAA